UUAUUAAAUACCGUGUUCCGUGCUUUAUCCGUAUUCUCGUUCAUCUCUGUUUCUUCGCCCCUUCUCUCUCUCUCUCACCCGAAUCAGAUUAACAAUGGGGAAGUCUAACUCAUUCAAGGACGAGUUCACUUUUGAGGAAAGACUUGAAGAAUCGCGCGAUAUUAUAUCCAAAUACCCUAAUCGAGUCCCUGUAAUUGUUGAGAGGUACAGCAAAACUGAUCUUCCCGAAAUGGAAAAGAAGAAAUAUCUGGUUCCUCGAGAUAUGUCCGUUGGGCAAUUCAUUCAUGUACUCAGUAGCAGGCUUCAUUUGACACCGGGAAAAGCUCUUUUUGUGUUUGUAAAGAAUACCUUGCCUCAGACUGCUACUCUAAUGGACUCUGUCUAUGAAUCCUUCAAGGACGAGGAUGGAUUUCUCUAUAUGUGUUACAGCAGUGAGAAGACCUUUGGUUAUGCUAGUAAUUCUUUUAUGUAAUCAAUGAAGAUAUUACUGUACAUUAAUGCUAUUCAAUUCUCAAAAUUGCUGAUCCAUAAUCAAUGUUGUAAAUACUUCAUGUAAUAUCCAAGACCUUGCUCUAGCAAUAAUCAUUUUAUUAGCAUUGAAUUUUCAAAUUA